GAUAUGAAUGGAAGUGGACGGAGGGAAGGAAGAGAAAGGGGGGCCUUGGUGUUGAGGAGGUUUGAAUGAAAUAGCGGAGCGAUCCUCCUCCUCCUCCUCGGUGAUCAGAGGCCAAGAAUCGAUGCAGGCAGGUAUUCAGCGCGGCCAAUGAAGUGAGCAAAGAGCAACUGUUUGCCUCGAGAGCAUGCAAUCGUGCAGCGCAGGAGCGACGACUCGACCCACCCAAGAAGACGAGGACGACGAGAUGCUAUCAACUGAGACCCGCGGGCGCCCCCUUCUCCUUGUGGCAGAAUUCCCCGGUGUGGCCUCGUCGGUGCACGAUGCGUUUGCGCAACUAUCUGUCGGAAUCCCUUGGCUCACCAAUCGCAGCACACCGCAUCGCCCGCAUCGCAGCCCCACUAUGUGUCCUCACCCGCUCCCUUACUCACUCAUCAUAACCGUGGCGCUUGACGCUCAGUGUGCUGAAAAAGGAAAAAGUAGCAAGAUCUCGUCGGGCUCAGCGCGGUGUGUAUGCGUGUGGCACGCAGCGAUGCGAGACACUCGAGCGCUCGCAGGCUCGCGGGCUGGUACGAGCUUGUGCGCCGCUAUGUGUUACUCGUCGUCCUCUUGUCGCCGCGUUUCCGGCGGCGUGAGGGAGAGGAGGCACCACGCCAGAGAAAUAGAGUCCCGAGUGGGCAGCCCACGAUUACGGAUCUCACAACAACAGCCGGGCGGAUGAGCCAGGCGAGGCGAGCCUGGUUGAGCUGAGCUUUUCAUCGUUCGAAGAAUGCGCCACACGCUUUGUCGAGGCUAGCCCGGCGAGAUCAGCGAUCAAAGAGCCCAGCACACCAAGAGAGGGUCCCAGCGGAGACG